CAGGAAGCUUUUGGUAUAUCUAGUUCCGUGCCGCAGCUCUUCACGUUUUAACCGCCUUCUCCUGGAUCGCAAAUGGAUGCGAUAUCUUGUUUCCUCAAAAUUCUUUUUGGUCUCUCAUUUGUGGUACCCUAUCUCCUUGCGCAAGACAUUACACAAUGUUCGGAUAGCGGAUCAGACUGGUAUACGAGUGUCGUAGGGGAGACACCAUGUCGAACCUAUGAGCGGCUACGACAGAUAUGCAAUAGCGAUUAUACACUGGGAGCCUUGAAUCCCAAUACUCCUCCGGAUACAUGCGACGACCAAGUUGCCGAGUGUUGUUGCAAUUCAAUCGCAUUCGGGCUUAGUAUGCUGUGUCUGACAUGCCAGCAAGGAGUAGAUAGUUCCGGCAACGGCAUCAACGCUCCCUCCGGCACAUAUCAACGAUAUCUGACGCGCAAAUCGAAGCUCUGCACCCCCAAUACUAACCAAUCAUUCACGGUCGACAUACAAGCUGCCGUAUGCAACAACGAUCUGAAGAUUCAUGACGAUUUCUAUAACGCUGUAUUUUGGUCUAGUGGAGCGUGGUUCUAUACAUGGUCCCGCGAACGAAUGGAACUUACCAAUGCUGAAGAUGGAAAUAACUCCUUCACACAUUGUGCAUCAACGACUCUGAACGUAACUAGUAGUACUUCACAGCCUCAACGGAUGCCAUCUACAGUCGACUCCACUGCCACGAGCACCUCUGUGCUUUCCACCUCUGCAGGGACCCGAGAAAGUUCCAUCAGCACGGGCGCCAUAGCUGGAAUCGUGACAGGGUGUAUCGCCUUUACAGGAGCGAUCAUGGCGUUCCUCCUCUGGCUACUCUGGUACCACCCGCGACAAGCCGCUGUCAAAGACUCGGGGACGUCGCCCCCGCCUUUCCUCAUUCGAUCUGUAUCCGAUGACGCUUCGUUUAGAUAUGAGAAUUCUCUGUAUUCGGCGAUGAGUGAGUCGUCAGAGGGCAAGAGCCAGGGAGAAAAAGGAGAGAGGGCAUUAUCAUCUCUUUAUGCAGGGUAGGUACCUACGUUGUCUUUGUGGUGGUAUUCUGGAUAUGGUUUGGAAAACGUUGGGGCCAUGUUGGGCCUAAUAUUUCCACUUUGUGAUGUGGUG